GGGAAUUUGGUAUCCAUGAAUUUUUUUUUCCCAAAAUUUUAUUUUUUUUUUUUUUUUUCCUUCCAAGUUUUUGGGAUGGUUCCAUUCCUGAAUUCCAUCCUGGGAACUUUGCUGCCCGUGCUGCCCUUGGUCCGGACGGAUUCCAUGAAAUGUUCCUUCUGCUACGCCCUGCAGCGUUUCAGUGAGAGCAUCCAGGAGUAUCUGGCAGGGCGGGAUCAGGCCCCCGACCCCACGAUCCGCAGAGACGCCUUCGCCCAGGAAAUGGGGGCGGCGUUCGAGAUCCUGCAGCAGGGCUGGAGCCACAGCCGGGAGCCACAGGUGCGCCUGGCCGUGGUGGAAGCCCUGGGCCCCAUGAGCUCCCUGAUUCCCGAGGAAAAGCUGGAAGAGCAAAUCCCAAAAAUCCUGCCCGGAAUUCUCGGCCUCUACAAGAAACACCCGGAGCCUUUUCCCAUCUCCAAGAGCCUGUGCCAGGUCCUGGAGUCCUCGGUGGCCAUUGGGAGCAGGAACCUGGAGGCGCAGCUGGAAUCGCUCCUGGCGGCGCUGCUGAGCCAGAUUUGUGCUCCAGCUGAUCCCAACAUCCCCACGAGUGCCAAGAACCACACGGAGCUGCUGCGCUGCUUCUCUGUCCUGGCCUCGGCCUUCCCGGAGCGGCUGCUCCCGUUCCUGACGCCGAAGAUCGAGGGCAGCUCCGAGCGGCUCCGCGCGGGGGCGCUGCUGGUGCUGAGGCACCUCCUCAACAGCAACCCUUCCCAGAUGGAAAUGAAAAAAUCUUUCAUCAUCUCCUCCCUGAGGCUCCCACUGCAGGAUAACAGCAACAAGGUGAAACGAGCCCUGGUCCAGCUCAUCAGUGCCCUGGGCCACCAUGGCUACCUGGAGCAGCCGGGGGCUGAAGCUCUGCUGGAGUUCCUGGUCCGUCAGUGCUGCCUGCCCGUGGACUCGCCCCCCGGAAUUCCAGAAGAAAAUUCCGAGGAUCCCACGAACGACAACGUCCGGAGCAUCAGUGUCAGCACCCUGCUGCUGCUCAGCACCACCGUGCACAGGAUGGGCCCUGUUUUGUGGCCGUUCCUGCUGGAAUUUCUGAUCCCAGCUCAGUUCAGCCCAGCCCUGACCCCUCUGUGCAGGAGUUUGACAUUCCUGGCUGGAAAAAUUCGGGAAGAACAACCGGAAAAUGAGACCUGGAUCCGCUCUGAGCAUCGUGGAAAUUUUCCGUCUCCUCAAGCUCUGACCGUCAGGCUCUUGGCCGUUUCCUCCCAGCCCUUCCUCUCUCCCGGCCGCGGCGCCGCCGCCCUGCGCCUGCUCCAGGUGCUCCAGGUCCAUCCCCAGCUGGAAGAGAACACCGAGAAUUCCCUGUGCCAGCAGGAAUGGGAGGAGAAGCUGCUCCAGUUUCUCCGGGAAUCCCUGGCGUCCAUCCCGGAUAAAUCCUGGAUUUGCCCUUUGGUGUCGGAGAUUUUCCGGCAGCUCCGCGCCUCCGACGGCUCCCAGGGGGAAAAGGAUUUCCUCUACAGAUCCAUGGGGACGGCGCUGGGGUUGUGUCCCAGUAAGGAACUGGUCCGGAAGCAGCUCCAGGAACUCCUGGAAAACGCCCGGUACCAGGAGGAGGCGGAGCGGGAGGGUCUGGCUUCCUGCUUUGGGAUUUGUGCCCGGAAUCAUCUGGAAGAGACUUUGGAAAAGUUGGAGGAAUUUGUGAAAUCCGACGUCUUCAAGAAAUCCCUGGGAUUGUUCAGCAUCUUCAAGGAAAGGAGCGAGGGGGAGCUGGAGAAGCUCCGCAGUGGCCUCGUGCUCUGCUACGGCCGCGUGGCCGAGGCGGCGCCUCCGGAAUUGCUGCAUUCCCGCCUGGAAUCCCAAAUCCUGAAAAACAUCCUCCAACACGGCCACACCAAGGUUCUGGGAAUAAAAGUAGAGACCAAGGACACGGCGCUGAAGCUCAGCCUCGCCCGCAGCAUCUCCAUGAUCAGUCGAGCCCUGGCCCGCGGGAAUUCCGGGAAUUCCGGGAAUUAUCCAGGGAAUGACACCGGGAAUUCUGCUGGGAAUUCUGGGAAUUGUCCUGGGAACGGCCCCAGGGGCUCCAUCAGCAUCGCCCGCAAGGCCGAGCUCGUGGCGCUCAUGGUGGAAUUCCUCAGGGCGGAGCCUCCGGACACGCUCCGGACGCGGCUCCGGCAGCGAGCGCUGAGCACCUGCAGCCACCUCCUGGCCCUGGAGCCGCCGCUGGGCGAGGCCGAGCGCUCGGAGCUGCUGCUCCCGGCUCUGGGCUCCGUCCUGGCGCUGCCGCCGCCGGAACCCGGGAAAAACCGGGAAGAGCCCGGAAACCAGGAUCUGUUCCAGGACACGCUGGGAGCCCUCAGGGAGCUGCUCCAGGGGCUCCUCCGGAGGCGCCUCAGCCCCCACGGCCUCCAGGAGAUCUUUGCCCAUUUAGGCCCCUGGAUCAAAUCCCCGCGGGAGCAGGAGCGGGAGCGCGCCCUCGCCCUCAGCAAAUCCCUGCUGGAAUUUUUCCUGGAAAAUCUCCACGUCAGCUCUGUCACUCCCUUCUACAACCUGAGCUCGCUCCUGGCCCUGCUGGCUCCGCGCUGCUCCGACGGAAUUCCCAAAAUCCGCACGGAUUCCGUGGAUUGUGUCCGAUCCCUGCUCCGCAUCCAGCUCUGCUACGAAGGUUUUUCUCGGGAUCAUCGGGACGAGCUCCUGGAAGGGCUGGAAUUGCUGAAGGAGGGGCUGGAAAAUCCGGAUUUUUCCAUCCUGUUCCACACCUGCACCCGCAUGGGAUCGGUGGUGGGGAAGCGAAUCCCCCCGGAGCAGCUGCUGAGGCUCCUCCUGGAGCUUUUCCAGGCCUGGGACGAUCCCGACGGGAAUUGUUCCCGCGCCGCCUCCGUCCUCUGCAACUCCCUGCUCCGGGAGCGCGGCGCCAUCCUGCAGGAAAAGGUUCCCGAGCUCCUGGCCGUGAUCCACUCCAAGCUGGAAUUGCAGGAGCAGGAGCAGCUCCGGAGGGCGGCUCAGCAAUCCGUGCUCAUCCUGGCGCUCCAGCAUUCCAAAGUUGUGGUUUCCACCCUCCUGGGGAGCUCCCUGCCCUUCGACAGCCACACCUGUGCCAUGUGGAGGGCGCUGGGCACGGAGCCUUCCCUGACUUCCCAAAUUUUGGAGCAGCUCCUGGAAAAGCUGAGCCGGGAAAUUCCCUUCAAGGAGAGCAAAUCCUUCCUGCUGGGGAGCGGCUGCGAGCGCGUGGCCACGCCCCUGCCCCUGGCCGCCACGUGCGCGCUGGAUGAGCUCAUGUCUGCUCCGGAGGCGGCGGCCGCGAUCCUGGAGCGAUUCCCGGCGCUUUUCCAGCGGCUCCUGCUGCGCCUCGGCUGCUCCGUGGGCGUCCAGCUCCCGAAAUUCCUGCAGAAUUCCUGCCGGGAAAAACGGGGCCAGGGAGCGGCCGGCAGGAGCCUGAGGCCCUGCAGCUGUGCCGUGGAGACGCUGCAGACGAUGCUGGUGCGGGCUGGGAACGACGACGUCGUGCGGGAUGUGGCAAAUUCCGGAGGUUGGGAAUUGAUGGAAAUUCCCGAGCGGCACCACGACGGAAUCGCCCUCCUGGCCGGGGCCAUGGCUCGGCUCUGCGGGCCCCGGCUGCCGCCGAUCGUCCGGAGCCUCAUCCCGGAGCUGGGAAGCGUCUUCGAGUGCCAGAGGGUGACCAGCACGGCAUUCCUGGCCGAGCUGCUCAACCACAACGUGGUGAACGACCUGGUGCUGCUGGAGCCGCUGCUGGACGCGCUGACGGCUCUGGAGAAGGAUUCCUGCCUCCUGGUGCGGGUGCUGGCGCUCCGGGGGCUCGGGAACGUCGCCUCGGGAUCCCCGGAAAAGAUCCGGCGGCACGGCGCGCAGCUCGUGGCCUCCAUGGUGGGCGGCCUGGACGACAAGGACGAUCCCAACAACCGGCUGGCGCUGGAAUCCAUGUCCAGCCUCUCCAGGAUCCUGGAUCGCCUGGAGCCGCCGGACGUGCAGCCCCUGCUGCUCCGCGUCUCCAUCCGCAUCCGGCCCUUCUUCGACAGCGAGCACCCCGACCUCCGGCGCUCCUCCAUCGUCCUUUUCGGGAACCUUUCCCGCUUCGGCCGCUCCGACUCCGAGGUUUUCUCAGAGCAGAUCCUGAACGGGCUCGUGACGCUGCUGCUGCACCUGCAGGACCCCCAGCCCGACGUGGUCAAGGCGUGCAAGUUCGCCCUGCGGAUGUGCGGGCCCAGCCUGGGCUGCGAGGAGCUGCGGGAAAUGUUCGGGAAUCACCUGCGGGAGGAGCGGGGGCUGCACUACGGGGAGUUCAUCAACCACGUCUGCAAAUCCCUGUUGCGCGCUCACCCCGCUCUCCUGAGCCGCCUCCUCUCCACCAACCUCUUCUACUUCAAGAGCCCCUGGCGGGAGCUGCGGGCGGCGGCGGCCAUGUUCAUCGAAAUCCUGGGGGCUUUGGUGCCAACAAAAAGCGGGAAGGGAUGGAAAUGA